AAACAAACUAAAAUCACAACCUUUCAUUGCUCUAUCUCUCUCAAAAAAAAAAAAAAAUGAAACUUCAACUCCAUUUUCAACACUGUAAUCUUCCAUUACUCAUUCAACUCAAGCACAAAUCACCCAUUAAAAAUCCAAGAUUCCCGUAUGGGAAAAGAGAAAUUUACCGGGCAGCUUCAGAAAAAAGAAGCAUAGUGAAACCAUUAGCUCUGGAAAUUUUGCCCAAAUCCAAGAAAUUAUCAAGAAGUGAAAUUUCUAAGGAAAGAUCAAAUCUUUUGGUAUUGGGAGCUGUUUCUGUUGGUGUAGUGUUGUUUUUAAUGGGUUUUGAUGAUAAAAAUCAGGCAUUAGCUUUGGGUCCUGAAGGUCCAUUAAUGGAGGAAUUUUGGGAAAAUAUGAGAAGAUAUGGUCUUUAUGCAUUGACAGUUAGUACUGGAGUUCUUUGGGCUGUUUUUCAGCCUAUUUAUGAACUUUUGAAGAACCCCAUUUCUGCAAUUUUGAUUUUGACUAUAAUGGGAGGCAGUUUUUAUAUUGUUUCUCAAGUGGUGUCUGCUAUGGUUGGUGUUACUGAUUUUAGUUAUGAUUAUAACUAUUAGAUUUCAGUU